AUGGCUGAGCACAUGGCUGUGGAGGAGGAUGUCAAGUCCUUGGGGCAUAUGCCUACGAGCGGAAGACUACAUCCCAUCUCCCCUGUGCCCCAGUUUCUGAGAAUUUCUCCCUCUGUUUCUCAGAAGAUUAUGUUCCUUAUGAAGCCUGUGUGCAUCUUUCUCCUCACUUCUGUUCUCCACUUCAGCCACGCCUGGUCAGUGAACAAUUUUCUGAUGACCGGGCCAAAGGCUUACCUCGUCUACUCCAGCAGCGUGGCAGCUGGCGCCCAGAGUGGUAUUGAAGAGUGUAAAUACCAGUUUGCUUGGGACCGCUGGAACUGCCCUGAGAGAGCUUUGCAGCUGUCCAGCCAUGGUGGACUUCGUAGUGCUAACCGGGAGACCGCGUUUGUACAUGCCAUCAGCUCUGCUGGAGUUAUGUAUACCCUGACUAGAAACUGCAGCCUUGGAGAUUUUGACAACUGUGGCUGUGAUGACUCCCGAAAUGGACAACUGGGAGGCCAAGGCUGGCUCUGGGGAGGCUGCAGCGACAACGUGGGCUUCGGAGAGGCGAUUUCCAAGCAGUUUGUGGAUGCCCUGGAGACAGGACAGGAUGCCAGAGCAGCCAUGAAUCUGCACAACAAUGAGGCUGGCCGCAAGGCGGUCAAGGGCACCAUGAAACGCACGUGCAAGUGCCACGGCGUGUCUGGCAGCUGCACGACCCAGACUUGCUGGUUGCAGCUGCCCGAGUUCCGGGAGGUGGGCGCGCACCUGAAAGAGAAGUAUCACGUGGCGCUCAAGGUGGACCUGCUGCAGGGCGCGGGCAACAGCGCGGCGGGCCGCGGCGCCAUCGCCGACACCUUCCGCUCCAUCUCCACGCGCGAGCUGGUGCACCUGGAGGACUCCCCCGACUACUGCCUGGAGAACAAGACCCUGGGGCUGCUAGGCACCGAGGGCCGAGAGUGCCUGCGGCGCGGCCGAGCCCUGGGCCGCUGGGAGCGCCGCAGCUGCCGCCGGCUGUGCGGGGACUGCGGGCUGGCAGUGGAGGAGCGCCGCACCGAGACAGUGUCCAGCUGCAACUGCAAGUUCCACUGGUGCUGCGCGGUCCGCUGCGAGCAGUGCCGCCGGCGGGUCACCAAGUACUUCUGCAGCCGCGCCGAGCGGCCGCCGAGAGGCGCUGCGCACAAACCUGGGAAGAAACCCUAAGGGUCUCCUCCCGCCUCCUUUCCUGUUCGUCCUCGGCUUCGUUUAGAUACCCCCCCGAAAUAGAGGGACCCGGACUGGGGACCUCGCACUCCCUAGCUCAGCGAUCCUGACAGGGAGAGGCCGCAGUCACGCCACCGAGUGCCACUUUCCAAACUGUUUCCCGGAUUCCUCUGCGUGGUCUUCCUAGCUCAUUCUUAGGUCUCAAAACUGUUCUAAAAUUCUGCACAGUUGUUCCCGAGGAAAGGACGAAAACAGGCGAUUCUCCUCACCUCACCUUACUCUACCCCGGACCCCAGCUGUCUUAAUGCUGGACCUAGCUUAUCAGGCCGAGGAAAGAACCCUCUCAGACACGCAGAGUCCAGGUAAAGACAUGGCCCUUCUCUUGCCCACCACAGCUGCACCCCCUCCUGGGAGCCAGAGACUCUGGGGCCUACAGUCUAGACCUAGUUCCCCGGAUGUUGGCUCCUCAGGAAUCUUAACACUUUGUCUUCUCAUUUCCCUACUUGUCCUGAAAAACAAAACAAAACAAAAACUGGGAACAAGAAAGCCUUUGAAUGUGGGGAAGAGGAACCCCAAAACCCAACUUGCACACCGUGACACCACCACUCACUGACGGACUUUAUUAGCUGAGCUUCUUAAACACCAAAGAUACUCCAGACACACCCAAAAGGUCCAGGAGUGGUAGAGGUCGGCAGUGGGCAGGUUGGCAAUCAUUUCCUGACCACAGCAGCCAUCUGUACCGUGUCUCCUUCUCCAAAGGAGCUUUGAUCGUUUGAGCCAAGAUGGGUAAAUCAAGACAACGAUUGGAUCUGUACCUCUAAAGGCAGGGCAUACAUUGGAAGAAGUCCGGCCCCAACACCUGGUUCUCAAAUACACAGGAUUCAGACCAUUGGAUACUUCCCUGGAGAAGUAAUCCCCCUGCUAUGAGACUGUUGCUGAUAGGAUGUUCAGAACCCUGACCUUUUAAUUUAUUUCAGUCUCUGAUACACACCCCUCCCCCCAGAUCCUGAACUCAUUGGGAUGAUGAGGGGAGGGCAGAGGAGAAACUUAAGCCAUAAGCUCUCUCCUUCCUCCCACUUUGGCAGGAUACCAUCUCCCUGUAGCCUCCCCAAUGGCCUAAGUAGUUAGCUUGAUUUGGCUGAGGUUAAUCUGCCAGGGAUUAGUAAAUCACCCACAUAAAUCUUCCACUAAUGCAUUUACUUGGAAGCCAAGAGCUUGCUGCUUCUGAGUCAGAGGUUCCUUUCUCGGAGAAGGGCAGUCCAGCAGGGACUUGUUUAUGAAAUAGGGAUCUGGCAACGGAGGAACCAGUUCAGACCAGACCUUCCCCACCGCUGCUCCUGCCCUAGGCUAGUCCUGGGCAUGGGCAUCGGCAUCCACAGCAUUUCUGGAGCAGAGCCAGCAAAAUUCUUCACUUCAUCCCCCUUUUCCUAAAGGAAGUACAGAGCUCACAACACCAAAGCCCCAGGGGCUGCCCUGGAAGAGUAGACUGCCUCUGGCAUCAGCCAGUCAGACCUCUGUGCAUCCUCUGGUCCUCUCCACGCUUACCUGAGGGUGGUUUUUUCCUCUUUAGCAGGGGAUACACUUCUCUUGGUACUUCACUUCUAGCUCUAUUAGUAAAAGGCUCUUUUUCCCCUCCCUCAGUUACCUGUGCUUUCUCAGUCUCCCAAGUUACCCUUUCUUUUCCCUCAUUAAGCAGCAGCGUGUUGAUCCCUCUGUCUCACCGACAGUUACGUGAUAGUGCACAGAAGGAAUCGUGGUAACGCAGCUGAAAAGUAUGAAGUUCCGUGUUGGAAAGCAAAGCUGCACUUUCCAGGGCUCUCAGCAUAAACGGAAGCUCUGCGCUUCGACAUUCAGAACUUUAAAGUCAGACUCUAAACACAUGAGGCUGUCAUCUCUUUCACGGGUUGCUCUGUAUCCCCAAGUGGGUAUGACUGACACCCAGUUCAUUCCAGCUCCAUGAAGGAAGUCCUGCUGCUCCCCCCACCCCCAGCAUUAUGCCUUCAUGUAUUGUUCAUUCAGUGAACACUGAAGUGGAGACAGCUAACCACACAUCCCUCAGUCCGAGGCUUCUGGGCUUACACACCAGAUCACCUCGGCUGUGCAGGAAACUCUAGAACUGCUGACUGGGAAGACUAGGCCCCUCUGAGGUCAGCUCGUCAAACCUUUGCUCUACACAUUUCAACUGAUGUGGAGAAAGCUUGUAAGUUAGUGCGGGUGGCACAGCCACCCAGGCCCUUCCCUCCUCUUGUGUGCUCUCAAGGAGCCCAUCUGUCUCACACAGAAGGAGAGGGAGGUCCUGAGAAGUGGCGAGAACUGGGUGGGGUGAGCAGAACCCUGUCUCCUUCCUGUCUCUGGCCUGUGAACCUACACACAGGCAGGGCUUUCUUUUCUUUAAAAGAAUCCCAGCCUCACUUGGCCUUAGGAGCAGGUCAGUGCAAGGAGAGGAAGGGUCGUCCUCCGCACGCUGGUAGGGCGGGUGGUGGUGGGAGGGGAGGGCAGGCCGGGGCACUCGCCUAUUGUCGGUCUGGAUUGGAUGCUUCCAGUCAUUCGUUUCCUUUUAAUUAACCCACAUUCCUGGAGGAGAAAUAUUUAUGUUGGCUCCCAUAGAGGCAAUCCGCAGACUGGAAAGAAAAGGGAAGAAAGCCUGUCUUAGCAAAACAAUAUCUCUAAAGAGCUCCAGAAGAGAAAAUAGGGGAACAAAAUGCCAUUAAAACAGCCUUCUACCCCCGCCGGAGUCAAUGAAAACUUCAUUUCACAUGUUAAUCCGCCACUCCGCCCGCCCUUUCUCUCCUCACAACACCUUUUCCGAAAGUGUUUGGGAAAAGUCUCCGCAGUCAGUACACAGCUCCCUGCAGCUCAGACUUCUCCUUGUGUUAGUUCAGGGCCCCAAGUGGGGCUCUCGCUCCAGCAGCCGCCCCCCCCCCUUUAAUUUAAACAAAGACUUCAGAGUUCAUCAACCUCCCACUGAAAUUCACAGCUGCUGAACAAACUAAUCCCCUCUCCCGGCCUUUCUUCCCUUCAAUGGGCUCUUGGCUUCAAAGACACUUUGGGAAAGGACUUUGCUGGGGCUCACACUGCUUCAUCAAUAGAAGUUAGCACAAGUAUUAUCUGAAGAGCAAGUGGCUUUACAAACAAAUACUGCCUAACAAUCCCUCCCCCCAAACACACACAUCUAGCCUGCAGACAUGAUGGGGUCGACAACAGGGUUAGGGCCGGUUCCCCCUGGCUUCACACCCAGGCCCUUUGUGCAGCUGAGCUCAGCCCUGAAGUGGUGUGGGGGAAACCCUGCAGCUAACUGUCAGGCACAGAUGGAGACAGACAGACAGACAGACAGACAGACACACACACACACACACACACACCGAGCAGUGUAGCUACAUACGCUGCAAGGGAAGGCCUGCUGCCCGAGUCCAUGGGUCUACACUUCAGAAAAUCGUUUUCUUGGACUGGAGAGAUGGCUGCUCUUCCAAAGACAUGGAUUCAGUUCCCAGCACCCACUCGGUGCCUCUUCCGGCCUUUAUAGGCACUAAGUACUAAACAUAGAACACACUCACACAUGCAGGCUAGCCACUCAUACACAUAUUUUUUAAGUUCUUUUCCUCAAUAUUUUAUUCUCAUCUCUCCCCAGACCUCUCCUCCUGCCUUCCUAUAUAUAGUAGAGGAAGCAAGACCUCUCUGUUCUUGAAAGGGAAGAGUCAGCAAAGUAGGAUCCAGAGGAGACAAGGAUUGGGAAACGACUUUGGAAAGCAAGUCACUUUAUUGCACUGUUUAAGAGGUCAGCAUGGAAAUACGGCCAGAGAAAGCAGUUCAGAGACACAAGGCAGCUGAGGGGAAGAAGGGCCCUGGAUCCAGGAGAAGCUGGGCUCUGAUUCCAGAAUCGGGCUUAAAAAUCGCAGACUGGAUAGUGUAAGGCCUAGGGCCAGGCUCAAGCCUGGGCAGUGUCAAAGGUCAUUCUCUACAGCAGUGUUCUCAACCUUCCUAAUGCUGUGACCCUUUAAUAGAGUUCCUCAGUGUGACCCCCAACCACAAAAUUAUGU